CAGCUGUCCGCUGUCCGCUUGGAAGAAAUAAUAAACCAGGCUAUGCUAGCAGAACGGGCAGAGAGUUAGCGGCGAUACAGUGAAUGUAAACUCGGCAGGACCAGCGGGACGCGGGACAGAGAGCGAGUCUUUACACCAGCAAUGAAACUAUUCAGUGUCGCAGCUGGCUAACGAGAACACCGUUCCUCCCGACAGACACGGGAUUUGAUCUCAAUGGGUGAAAACCCGGAGCGACGAUAAAUAACAGGCGACAUCAGACGGGGGGAAAGGGUUAGCUCGGUUUCAAUGUUAUUGUCAAUUAAAACUCACAUUUGGCCACAAUGUCCUGCUCUGGAAACCUGGUUUGGGAUGUAAAUAAACGCUUAAUUGGAUACAACGAGCCCAACACCAUCAGGACCAACUACUUAGGCAGAAGAGAGUUUGUCCAGAGGCUGAAACUUGAAGGGACACUGAAUGUACACGAUGGCUGUGUCAACACUAUUUCCUGGAACGACACAGGUGAAUACAUCCUGUCGGGGUCAGACGAUACAUUUUUGGUCAUCUCUAACCCGUACAACAAAAAGGUCAAGAAGUCGAUACGUUCAGGUCAUAGGGCGAACAUCUUCAGCGCUAAAUUCAUGCCCCACACCAACGGUCAGGAGAUAAUCUCGUGCUCCGGAGACGGCAUCAUCUACUACACACACACCGAGAAGAGUCCCGAGUACAACAGACAGUGUCAGUUCACCUGCCAUUAUGGGACAGCGUAUGAGAUUAUGACGGUACCAAAUGACCCCUACACGUUUCUGUCGUGUGGGGAGGACGGCACAGUGCGGUGGUUCGACCUCCGCAUGAAGACGAGCUGCACGAAAGAAGACUGCAAAGAUGACAUCCUGAUAAACUGUCGGAGAGCAGCGACCUCAAUAUCCAUCUCUCCCCUGGUGCCAUACUAUCUGGCUGUGGGCUGCUCGGACAGCUCGGUGCGGAUCUAUGACAGACGCAUGUUGGGCACCAGAGCCACAGGCAACUACAUGGGCCGAGGGACGACGGGCAUGUGCGUACGGUUCGUUCCCGCUCACCUGUCCAACAAGUCGUGUCGGGUGACUUCUCUUUGCUACAGCGAGGACGGUCAGGAGGUGCUGGUCAGCUACUCCUCCGAUUACAUCUACCUGUUCGAUCCCAAAGACGACCAGGCCCGAGAGCUGAAGGGCCCGUCUGAGGAGAGGAGGGAGGAGCUGAGGCAGCCUCCAGUGAAGCGCCUCCGUCUACGAGGUGACUGGUCCGACACGGGUCCUAGAGCUCGUCCUGAGAGUGAGCGGGAGAGAGAUGGAGAGCAGAGCCCCAACGUGUCUCUGAUGCAGAGGAUGUCCGACAUGUUGUCUCGGUGGUUCGAGGAGGCGAGUGAAGCUCAGAGCAGCAGAGGGACACGGCCUCAGCCGCGACCCAGAGGAACAGCUGCUCGUCUGGAGGGGCCGCCGAGUACUCCAGCUGCCCGAGGUGCAGGUGACUCCACCCAGGAGUCCAGCGACCUUGAGAGGCCCGGGGGGUCGGACGCACCCGGGGAGCCUCCUGUUCCUGUCAGUGCAGCCACCGCCAUGCCUAAAUCCACGUCCUCUUCCUCCUCAGGGUCAUCAUCAACUGUUACAGCUCCUCCUCCUUCCAGCUCCUCGUCGGUGGAGAGUUCAGCCCCUUCCUCCUCCCCCGUCACCUCCUCGCCUGACUCAGAGCAGAGGAGUCAGGCCAACGUCACUGGGACCCCGACGCCAACGCCAACGCCCACACCCACACCCACCUCAACCUCAGAACCCGCUCUCUCAGAGUACAGUUCUCAACGGCUGCCCAUAAGUUUAGUGUGUAGGCGUUUGCAGAGAUUACUCCGGCUGGCCGACCCACCGGGACGGGGUCAGCGGGCGGCCCCUCCUUCUUCUUCUUCUUCCUCCUCUUCCUCUGCAGCCCCUGAGAGACAAAGAGCUGCUGAUCCUCCUGCCGCUGCUGCUGAGACGCAACCCCCUACAGAUUCUCCCUCGUCUGUGGUAAACAAACAGCUGGGAUCCAUGACUCUUGAUGAACAGCAGGGAGCAGCAGAAGCUGCAGGUCCGUCCACUGAGCGGCCCGUUCCUGUACCUGUUAGCAGCAGCGCUCCUACGACCUCUACAACGUCCUCUUCCAUCUCCAGCAUGCCCGGCACCAGUCGACCCAGUGCAGCAGAGCCAGUCCUCAGCCUGCACUACAGCUCAGAGGGAACCACGACCAGCACCAUCAAGCUGGACUUCACUGAUGAGUGGAGCAGCAGCACAUCCAGCUCUCUGGGCAGCGGAGGACCUAAGACAUCUGAGACUGUGACUGUACCGAGCACGGCGAGCAGAGGGAUCGUGUCUACAGGGACUUCACUGUCAGAGCAAGCAGGCUCAGAGUUGACCGGGCAGCAGCAGAGUGGGCCAGCUGCCUCCACAGACCCGCCCUGUGACGCUUCCUGCUCCAGUCCUCACAGCAACUCAUCGGCUCAGGCCCCGGCAGAGAGCGCCCCUGAGGGCGGCACCACGGUGUCUUCAUCACUCGAGCGGGGCCAGUCGGAGGCUGCGGAGGACACAACGGGAGGCUGCAGAAGAGCAGAGCCGACGGCAGCAGAGGAGGGGGGGGAGGAGGGCCAGAGCCAACCUGCGAGAGGUAAUCCGGACUCUGACGACAGCGACGACGAUCCCAUUCUCAUCCCGUCAACCCGGUUCAGAGGACAGGGACAGAGAGGAUCUGCAGUAGGAGAUAGGAUGAUCAGACGCUCAGCAGCCGCUCGAAUCCAGGAGCUGUUCAGGAGGAGGAAAGAGAGGAGGGAGAUGGAGGAGAGUGAGACGCAGAAUAUCAGGAGACCCUCGGUCAAAAUGGUCUACAAAGGCCAUCGCAACUCAAGGACAAUGAUAAAGGAGUCUUGUUUUUGGGGCAACAACUUUGUGAUGAGCGGCUCAGACUGUGGUCACAUCUUCAUCUGGGACAGACACACGGCCGAGCAUCUCAUGCUGCUGGAAGCGGACAACCACGUAGUGAACUGCCUGCAGCCGCACCCCUUUGACCCCAUUCUAGCUUCUUCAGGGAUAGACUACGACAUAAAGAUUUGGUCGCCACUUGAACAGUCGCCAUCUUUCAACAGAGUCCUCGCUAAUGAGGUAAUAACUCGCAACGAGCUGAUGCUCGAGGAAACCAGGAACACAAUCACAGUCCCGGCCUCUUUCAUGCUCAGAAUGUUGGCCUCCCUCAAUCACAUCCGAUCAGAUCGAAUAGAAGGAGAUCGCUCUGAAGGUUCAGGCCAGGAAAACGAGGACUAGCAGUAGCCUCUUGGCCUUUUAUUCUAAAGAAGACUAUUUCUUUUUUCGCUGUAUAGCACUUGGAAGAAAAAACUGAGAUUUGUACAAGUAUAGUGUAGAAUACUUCCUUUUGAAAAUUUAGUGUAAUUUCUAGCCCCCCCAGUGUUUUUUUUAAGAAGACUUUCUUACUGAUGUUUCUGUAUGAGGUUAAACUACACCUGUGUGAAUGCAAAAAGGCAAGGGUGUCAGUACAUAUAUAUAUAUUAAGUGUGACAAUAAUGGCGGCUGGUGUGCAAGAAUGUUAAGUGCAAUAUUAUUUUGUUAGGAGAGAGUGAGCUUUGAUCAGUGUUAACGUGUGACUUUUAUGAAUUUGUAGCACAAAGCUAAGAGAUGUUGAUAGGCUGCUCCGGCAGUUUCCGCAUGUAAACAAGGACUGUAAGUAAAAACAUGCUUUGAAAAUGUUUAAUUUUAUUGUCAAGGAAACAAAAAACGGGAUGACGCCUUGGCUCUUCUUCUCCUCAAAGGAACGUGUCAAUAAAUUUUAGUCUUCACAGAUGA